AUGUCUGCUGAUCAGAGGAGUGAGUUUGUCCCUUCUGUAGCCCCUUCUUCGUCCUCGCUAAGGAGUAAGAUUACUCUCAUCCACAGCAAGAUGUCUAAUAAGGGCAAAAUACAAUAUUCGUUAGAAGACUAUGGAAGCGUUUGUGAAAACUGCAGGUAAGCAACAAAAAUAUAUAUUAAUUCUUUUUGGUAGUUACACAUUGGUUUUAAUUAAUUUUCGUACCACCAUAGAUUUAAUGUGGGAUUUUUUAAAAUUCAUUAGCAUUCAUGGUUUAUUUUUCUUUUAUACACAAAUUAUCUAUUUUAAACAAAUAUUGCAAUGUAGGAUUUGUUCACUAAACACUAAACAUUGAAUUGCAACAUUUGGUGAAAAACUCUGAUUUAGAAAUUUUCUUCAACUGGGCUAUGGUCGCCCGUUAUUUUAGCCUAAAUCUUUUAUUUCCAUUUUAAUUCACUGCCAUUUGGUGUUUAGUGAAGCAGUAUUUGCCUGUUGCAUAUUAAAGUUUGUCAAAUAAAUACAGAGACAACACAAAAAUACCACUGUUUCCAAUUAGUACAGUUACUGAUCAUUAAAAAAAAAUAAAAAUGUUUAGAAUUACAGCUAAAUGAAUUCCCCUGUUUCCAUUGAUUGGGUAGAAUUCAUUACAAUGUAUUUUCAUGGAGCAUUUUCAGCUUAAAUUUAUAAUUGCUAAAAUAUUUUAUUUGACUUAAUAAUAGAUAACUUAUUUCAUUAAAAUAAUGUCUGCUUUUUUAUUUCAUUUAAAUGACUAACAUUUUCAAAGCUUUUUUCAAUAGCGUAAUAAGAUUUUCAAAAGUUAUUCACAGAUUUGAUAACAGAGUAGUGAGCAAUAGAGUAAAAAUGAAUAUGUAGUAAAAAAUAUAUAUAUAUAUUAUUGUUAUGUAUAUAGUUUUCAGUACACUGAUUGGCCAAUUUCACACCAUUUAAGUUUGUCCAAAUCGUUUUUCCUGAAAUUAUUGCAUGGCCGAAAUUUGUCUGAACUGAAAGGCAACAUAGACGAAACACAGAUGAAAUUUUGUGUCAGAAUUACAGAACUGAAAAUACUGAAGACUUAGAAAAAAAUUCCAAUUUGACUAUUGUAGGAUGAAAUAUUUCAAAUUCACGUGUAAUUUGUUCAUGCCAGCUGAAAAGCAUUUGUGCACAAGUCUUGAAGAAACGAACACAAAUCCUACAUUUUGGAAAUAAGCCAUCACGCCUUAAGAACAAUAUUAAAAUUCAGUGUCAACAAAUGGCACUGAUUUACAAAACCUGUAGUUCAAAACAAAAAAAACAAUUAGUAUUUGUAAUUGAAUUAAGUGGUGGAAAAAUGUUUGCUAAAACUUACACCAUUUUGGAGAGAUAAUUACAUUAUAAAUGUAAUGUAGGAAACAACCUUUCUAUAUCUCAAACGAUGAACCAGCUAUCAAGAGAUCAACAUUGCUUUGAAACUUAUAUUAGUAUUGUGAAAACUAGGAAAUAAACCAAAUAUUGUAUAAGAAUUAUAAACAAAUUCACUGAAUGCAAAGAAAAAAAUAUUUACCAAUAAAAAUAAUUGCAAAUAAAUUACUUCUUUUCUGAAUGUAUUUAAAAAUGCUUGAUAUAUUAGUGACAGACAGUGAUGUUUUCUGUUUCAUAUUUAAUGAGUUUAGAUUGUGACAUUUAGUUCUGGGGCAUAUAGCCUGUCCCUGCAGGCUGAGCAGUGGAAAUGUUUUCAGAAAAGGCAGCGUGUACAGUGUGGACUAACCCCUCCUCUAGUGGCUGUCAAUCUGACAGUUGCUGGAGGCACUUCCUGGGUUGGGUCCUGCAUGGACUCCAUUCAUCUGUAUCAGGAGAUGCUGAUGCUUGAUGAUCUCAGCCAAUGAGGCGGCCACGAUGAUAUCAGCUUAGUGAGAGCUAAAGGUAAUAAAUAUAUCUAUUUCUUUGAAUAAUAAUUGUUUAUUAUUCAUUUUUACUAGUGGUUAUCCCCCUGUACUUAGUGUACCCUGGCUGUAUCAGAGUAGUUUUCUAUCUAUUUCUUUGGUUCCGUGAACUGCAGGAAUCUUAUAGUCACUAGAACACUAUAGCAUUAGAAAUAAAUAUUUGUACUUUUUGCUAUAGAGUUCCUGUAAGAAAAUGAUUUAUAUUUUCCUGUUAGCAAAGUGCGGUGGAGGGAGAGACCUUUAGUAGCAGAGAUUCCUUCUGAAUCCCCCUUUAUCCUACCAAGGAUGGAUUGAUGGGGAGCACAUAAUUCUUGCCUUCAACAAUCUUAUUAUUACACCAAUAAAUAUUAAAAUGUUUCAUUAUAUUUAGUAUGGUAGUCUGUGGAAUAUUUAUGUAUGGCUGUUGGUUGUUGCUGUUUACUUACACAUUCUAGCUAUCACAUGAUAUUAUCACUUGUUAACAUUGUAUCCCAGGUGUUGCCCUCCAUCCAAGGUCAGACUCAGUCGCACAGUUAGAAGGAUACUGGCCGCCUGCUUAGUUUCGUUAGUCACUCUUCUGGGGUCAGUCUCCAUUGACUUAAGUGACUGUGUGAAAGAUUGGAAAAACACAGAAAACGUUCUUCAUGGAUUUUCUUCUUGCACCAAUCUUUUGGCAAUGAAAUUCAUUGGAUUCCUUCAACACCAAAGGACGUUUUACCGCUGGGAAGCAACGAACUCUACUGACAGUAGAGCCUUACUGAUUGACAACGUGCUUUCAUUCUGCAAGGAGUCUCAGGAAUUGCAGUACCAUAACAGCAAAUGUGAAAAUGUGGCCGACAUUAAUCACACGUGCAUUUUAUAUACCCAGAAAUUAAUUAAUAGAUUGGAUAAUAUCUCUGCAACAGUUACAUUUAGUGACUUACUUUCAUGGACGAUAAACGAGAUAUUAGAUGAGCUGAGUCAGCCAGAAGACGAUAUCAAGACUGCUAUGAAAAACUCUGAUUGGAUGGAUGUGUCAUCAUUGCGUCUAUUGCUCAGAGCGUCUGAAAUCAUCAGCAAGGUGGUACAUUCUUCACCGAUGACUUCUGACAAAGUUCAUAAUGUAUCUUAUCAGGUACUUACUAUGCUAAACUAUGCAAUCUAUACAUCAGACACUAUGUAUAGGUGUUGGAUAGAAAAUAUGCAUUAUAAUGCAGAGUGGAUAUACCUAUCGGAAUACCAAAACAUGCCACUCUUUGCCCCAUUUGGUGGUCCUGUCUCGAUGUUUUGGAACCAAACUGUGGCCAGUCACUUGGAUUCUGUUCGAGAUUGUUUACAUCACAAGGGUUUUGAAAAGAUCAACAAUAAAGCAAAAGAAAUUUUGUCUAUCGUCAGCCUCAAGGUUACCCUUGUAGCUGUGACUUGUCUGCUCUACCCGAUCGUCCUUGUGUCAUUCAAACAGAUGACCGAGUGGAUACAAAACUACGCCACUAGCCUUAGGGAGAGGACAGAGGAUCUCAAGAAAGAGAGGCGUCUUGCCGAGGAUCUGCUGCACCAGAUGUUACCCAAAACUGUGGCCAAACAGCUGAGAAAACACAAGAAGGUUGAGGCCGAGAGCUAUGACCAAGUAGGUGGAUUAAUGUGUGUAGUAAUCGGGAGUAUUAAUGUUGUUAAAGGAAAUGGCAUGCAGUUGUUGUGUAUAUGUUGGGAAGUCUUUCUUUUAAUGAAUGUGUGCCAUGCAGUAUGUGAUGUAUACUGUAUAUACAUACUAAGACAGAAAGACCACACUCACAUCCAAACUUUAUAAGGGUGCUAGUAGUGACCAAAAGGAAAUUAAUGGAAUCCGAUUGAUGCAUUUGUGCCUAUUUGCAGGGUGCUGUAUGGGGUUUCUGACCCAUUUAAUUGAUGUCUAUGCUUGUCUGACAGGCUGACACUUUACCAGCAGGCAUCGGGUACUGAUUGUCAGCUUGCACUAUUAAAAACCCAUUAUUUUGUUUGACAUUGUGCGUCUCUACUUAGGUUUCUCAAUCCACCAUGUUCUCAUGUUAUCCCGUAUUGCUCUAGCCAAUAUGCUCUUAUUUUAGUUUGGUUUAGAUUGCAUGUAAUGUAGUCUUUGUUCAUAAUAUUAUUUAAUGAAUGCGUAUAAUAAAUUAAUUUCAUUGCAUCUCCUGGUCUACUGUUGCAUUCUGGGGCAUAGUCAUAUUUAAGUAAUGCAAACACUGCAGAUAAUCACCAGAUGGUUUGGGCAUUUUACAAAUGCAGUCUUGGAUAGUUUCAGACCUCUGUGUGGUCUUAGCACAGGGGUAGGCAACCUUUGGCAUUCCAGAUGUUGUGGACUACAUGCCCCAUGAUGCUCUCACUGUAUAAACUGGUAUUGUUUGCAAAGCAUCAUGGGAGAUGUAGUCCCAUCUGGAGUGCCGAAGGUUGCCUACCCCUUUCUUAUCAGAUAAAUGGUACUAAUGUUGGGGUUGGGGUCAGGGCCGGAUUAACAUAGGGGCUGAUGGAGCUGCAGCUCCAGGCCCAGGCCCAUGGAAUAGGCCCAUUUAAAAAAAAAAAAAAAAUUUUUUUUUUUUUUUACACCCUACUCUUAGGUUUGCCACCUGACUGGUAUUUUACUGGCACAGCCGGUAUUUAAAGCUGCCUGGUCGUGCCGGUAUUGCAGUAAUACCGGCAAUACAAAUGCAGGUAUUUUUCUCAGAAUAAAUGGAGAUUACACUGCAAUACCAGCACCAGCCAGUAGGGGUCACUGUGUUUGGAGAGAGGCAGGGAUAGGAAGUUACAGCAUAUCCCUCCCUGCCUAUCUAUACUCACUGAUCCGUGGGGGAGCAGCAACACAGCACAGAGUCCAGACAGCCACUCUACAGCUCAGGUAAGUGAAGGAUGGGGGGAAAGGAAGCAGUGACACAUGGUGACACUGAGACACUAGGGGACACAUAUAUGGACACUGAGACACUAGGAGACACAUGGGGACACAGACACUAGGGGACACUGAGACACUGGGACACAUGGGGACAUGGACACUGGGAGACCUGGAAACACUGAGACACUUGGGGACACUGGGACACAUGGGGAUGCCGAGACACAUGGGGAUGCUAUGAGACAUAGGGACAUUGGUUGGGAGACACUGGGGGACACUGAGACACUAGGGGACACUGAGACACAUGGGGAUGCUGUGAGACAUAGGGACAUUGGGAGACACUGAGACAUUGGGACAUUUAUAUGUCCCCGUUUCUCCCAGCGUCCCCAUAUACCCCAUCCAGUGUCGCUAGUGUCUCAGUGUCCCCAAUUCUCCCACUGUCUGUGUCCCAUGUCUCUCAGUGUGCCUAGUGUCCCCAUGUGUCCCAGUGUCCCUAUAUGUCCCAGUGUCCCCAUGUCUAUGUCCACAACUGUCCCCAAGUCUCCCAGUGUCUGUGUCCCAUAGUCUCCCAGUGUCCCCAUGUCUCUGUGUCCCUAGUGUCUUAGUGUCCCCAAAUUGUUCAGUGUCCCCAUGUCUCCCAAUGUCUGUGUUCCUAGUGUCUCAGUGUGCCUAGUGUCCCCAUGUCUCCCAGUGUCCCUAUAUGUCCCAGUGUCCCCAAGUGUCUGUCUCCCAGCCAGUGUCCCCAUGUCUCCCAGUGUCCCCAAGUGUCUGUCUCCCAGCCAGUGUCCCCAUGUCUCCCAGUGUCCCCUAGUCUCCCAGUGUCUGUGUUCCCAUGUCUCUGUGUCCCUAUUGUCUUAGUGUCCCCAAAUGUUUCAGUGUCCCCAUGUCUCCCAUUGUCUGUGUCCCUAGUGUCUCAGUGUCCCCAUUUCUCCCAGUUUCCCUAAAUGUCUCAGUGUCCCCAUGUCUCCCAGUGUCCCCAUGUCUCUGUGUCCCCGGGUCUCUGUGUCCCCGGGUCUCUGUGUCCCCAUGUCCCUGUGUCCCUAUGUCUCACUGUGUCCCCAGUAUCCUAGUGACAUGGGGACAUACCGAGACAUUGGGACAAUGGGAAAAAUGGGGACACUGAGACACUGGGAGACUAGGGGACUGGGCGACAUGGGGACACUGACACUGUGAUACAUAGGGACACUGAGACACUGGGUGACUUGCGAGACUGAGACACUGGGAGCAAUCCAUCUAUACAGCAGAAUCAAACUGUGAGUAGUUUGUUGGUGAUUUUACAGAAUUUUCUCUGAUGUCACUCCUUGUGAUUAUACAAAUGAUUAAGGCUGGUAUUUUUUUCCAAGAAAGGUGGCAACCCUAACUACUCUUCACAUACUCUUGCUUAAAGGAGCACUAUAGGCUCAGGAACACAAUCAUGUAUAUCUGACCCUAUUAUGUUAAAACCACCACCCUGGCCCCUUCUUGCCUCCCUAAGUAUAGUAAAAUACAACUUGUAUUCAAGUCUGCAGCUGCUGGCUCUGCCUCUGAAUUGACUGUCUGCUGACAUCAUCAGAAGUGGUGGUCUGAGCAAAUUAAAAUACUUCCCCAUAGGAUUGGCUGAGACUGUCAACUAGGCAGAUCAGGGGCAGAGCCAGCACAAGUCCAACAUAGCCCUGGCCAAUCAGCAUCUCCUCAUAAAGAUACAUUGAAUCAAUGAAUCUCUAUGAGGAAAGUUCAGUGUCUGCAUGCAGAGGGUGGAGACACUGAAUGGCAGUGCUGCACACUAGGCAGUACUGCCCCAGGAAGCACCUCUAGCAGCCAUCUAAGGAGCGGCCAGUGGAGUUAUUUUCUCUGAAAAGACAGUGUUUACUGCAAAAAGCCUGAAUGGAAUGAUUCUACUUACCAGAACAAAUACAAUAAGCUGUAGUUGUUCUGGUGACUAUAGUGUCCCUUUAAGUUUGGAAGCUUAAGAGGGAUGUAUGGGAACAAAACUUGUGUGGACUAGCUGACAAUAAAAUUAGUUUAGGUAAUGCAGACGCUGGUAUCUCUAACACUGUGGCAUGUCCCCUUUCUUCUACACUCACUACAUACACCUUUUCUCUGUCUCAGACUAUACCAGGAACUUCUGCCUGCUAGUAAGAAGGCAAGGAGACAAGUGGACCAGCGAGUGCUAGGGGACAGUCCUUAGAAAGCACGGAGUGAGCGCAUCAUUAGAUGCAUUUAUGUCAAGCUCAUGGUGCUGCCUUUAUAGUAUGCCCUUAGUUGGACAGCCUGCAGGAUUGGCAGGCAGCCUGACAUGCAUUCAUGCCAGGCUGUCCUUCAAAUUCUUUGGACAGACAUGCCCCUUUUUGGGCAUGUUCUUCCCUUUUGGCAGGCCUGGUCACGUGAUUCGCACCAGUGGCACACUCUUUUACCCUGCACAUUGACUUCCUGCUUCACUGGACACUGCUGUUAGGGGUUAUGGAUUUACUUGAAAGAUGAAAGCAUAAAUUAGAGAGAGAUUAGCAUAGAGUAUGUGUUUUCUUAUAGCUGCAUCCUAUGAGCUUCCCUCCAGCACCAUCUCCAUCAGAUACAUGACGCUUGGGAGGUAGGACUGUUUUAGGUCGAUAAGAUUCCGUAAUUAGGCCCAUCAUAUUUGUCAGCACCAGGCCCACUGUGCUCUUAAUCCGGCCCUGGUUGGGGUUUUAAAUUACACAAAGAGGAGCAAUAAUAAUAUCUAUAUUUAUAUAUUAUACAGUUAAGAAUUAUGUCAAAUAUAAAUAUACCCUUUUUGUAGGUCCUCCUGUUUUCCCUCUGUUGGUUACUUUUUCCUACCUGAUCUGUAAACCAAAUGUAACAAAAAUAUAUACCGAACAUUACAUCAUGUAUACAUUUUACAGUAUAAUGAUUGGCCCAUUUUUACACUUUUUCUGUUUCGGUUCCUGAAUCGAUAUCUCGGUUCUGGUAAAAAAAAAACGUUUUGGGAAAGCCGAAUUUAGAACUACAAUAUUUAAACUAUAAAAAUUCUCCCUGUCAGACAAGUUUUCAGUUUGACAAUUUUGGCCCAAGAUUUGUAAUAUUCUCUGAAUCUCAUCCAUUCAUAUUGAAGUGAAUAACCAUGUGUAACGGGAUUUGUAGCCUCUGUGAGGGGUAGGCUCUGUAGACGUGUGGCCUAAAUUCCUCUUGUGUAAUAAUUUCUCAACUGUGGAAAUGUGUUACUAAAACGUAUAUAUAACAAAAUCCUGAAUCAUGAUAUAUCUAUGUUAUAUGCAAACGGUUUUCUUUGCUCUAUUGAAUAAUGCAUUAUUUUGUAAAAAUUCUAAAACACGUUGAACUAAAAACAGUCCCCCCUUUUGCCAAACCCCCAGAUAAUUGCAGUACUCUUUCUAUGAAGUUCCCUACUCAAAGCUUUCUGAAACAGCGACUCCUGCAAGCUGCUUCUAUGCAGCGACUGUAUAUUUAAGUAGGUGUCAUUGUCCGCUUAAUUGGCAAUAAUAGAGCUAUUACUCCAGAAUAAACUCUUUAAACAAACACUCUGGUCUAAACACUCGGCGGGCCUUUGAGAAACCAUUUCCUCCUAAUUAUGGCUGUUCACGAUGAAGUGUUGGUGCUGAUUAAAGAAGUGGGCCCAGCCGUUACCUACAGAACUCUGUGAUUGGGGCUAGUUAUAAGCAGAUGUGCCCACCAGGAUUUGGGGAAUGUAAUCACUCGCCGAGGCUAUCGUAACAGAAUAAAACACUGUAUAAACUGGUUUGAAUUAUCCCUCCUAGCUUUAACCCACCGAGCACCAUUGCAAAGAGAUUGAUCUGCUCAGCAUUACAUUUCUAAAAGGGCGGUUUAAAAUGACACUAUUUGUGUCGCUGAUACUAAAUAACACCGUUUGCUCCAAUCCUUACCCAUAGUGCAGUGCACCUUUCUCACUCUCCAGCCCAUUGACACAAUUGUUGCCACAAGCAGUGACAUGAGGUUACAUUUAGGGCUAUUUACUAAAGUGAGAAUUUAAAGUGAUUUCCAAAUUUAAGGCCAAUGUAGCCAAAUUGAAAGCAUAGCUUAUGGAAUGUUAUAUCAGUAUGUGGAUGUGGAUGAUGUGCAUUGCUCAUUCUGGGAUGUAAAGGGUUAACAUGAUGGAAUGAAAGUGGUUCAUAAUCUGCCAUAUUCUAUAUUGCUCGCAUUUUAAUAUAUCUGCCCUCCGUAUACUGAACAGGCUCAGUUAUUCCCACAUUAUCUCUUUGUGUCUGUUUUUAUUUUCAGGUGACAAUAUUUUUCUCGGAUAUUGUAGGAUUUACCGCCAUUUCUGCUUCCUGUACUCCUCUUCAAGUGGUGGAAAUGUUGAACAGUCUGUACUUCUGCUUCGAUAGCAGAAUAGAGUCGUACAGCGUCUACAAGGUGGGAAUCCCAAAUCUGACUGUAGCUCCAGAAAUAUACCUACAGAUUUAUUUAACCCUCUCAGAACCACAUGUUGCACUUGGCCAUCAUCACAAUGCAGGUUUCGAGAUGACAUUUCCUGUGAAUUGAAAAUCAGCAGCUGAAUCCAGCCCUGCAGUCUGUCUUUGAGAAGGUCACUCUCUUUGGGAAAGACCCUUAAAAACAGAUUACCAUGAUGGUCUAAACAGGAGAGUUGUACACAAAUUCUUUUAAGGUGGAAUGAACAAAUCAAUUUUCUUUUAAUCUAUGCACGAACAAGUCGAUUGUCUUGGUUCUACCUGUCGAACGAGAUUCAAUUAAUGAGACGGAUCGAUUCGUUCGGUUUUAGAUGAAAAGAAAUUUGAUUUGUUCAUCUCAGCUGAAAAACAUGAAUAGACAUGCAGGGCAACGACUUAACCUGUGUGUCUCUUAAUCCUCUUUUUAAAUGUCUUGCCCCCUUUAGGGUAUCUUUUUCCCCAUUUGUGUGUCUUACAUCCCCUUUAUGUGUCUCUUUGUGUCCCCUCAGCUUCUUUGGGUGUUUCUUUUUCCCUGUCCUAAACCUCUUUGUAUGUCUCUUCCCCCACCCCCCCCCAUUUGUGAGUCUCUUCCUCUCCCAAGCCCCUCUUGUGUGUAUCUUCCCCCCAGCCCCUCUGUGCAUCUCUUUUUAUCCCCACCUCGUCUGUGUGUCUCUUUCUUCCUCCUUAAGCCCCCUGUGUAUCUCUCUCCCCUCUGUGUGUUGCUUUUUCCCCCAUCCCUGCUGUUUGUCACUUUCUCUCCAUCCUCUCCGUGUGUCUCCAUCUCCCCUCAGCCCUCUUUACCAAUUUAUAGUUGUGCCGCCCCUUAGGACAAGUCUACUAAACAGUCAUUGGUCCCUAAUGGGUUGGUCUAAUAUAUCUAUAUCUAAUAACAAAAUCAAAGCAAAAUAAUAAAAAAUAACAAUAGCUUUUGCUGGAUUAAAAAAAUAAUUUGUGACAAAUUCCCUUUACACUGCUCUAGGUAGAAACUAUUGGAGAUGCCUAUAUGGUGGUCAGCGGUCUCCCAGAGAGGAACAAUGACCGUCACGCUGAUGAAAUUGCAAAAAUGUCUCUUGAUUUAGUGGCUGGAGUCCGUCAAGUCAUUGUGCCGCACAUGCCCAAUGAGCGACUGCAGCUUAGAGCUGGCAUACACACCGGUACGUACAGGAUAAUGACAAAAACAAAUGGAAAGACAUUCGAGAAUGUGAGAGUUUGAAUUAUAGACCUGCAACGUGUACACAGGGAAUGCUCCAAGUCAGAUAUCAACUUCCAGAUAUUUUAAAAUAUUCUGAGAAAAUAGAUUUUACACUCCACGCUGUAAAAUAUUUCUUAUGGGAUUUCAUUUUAAAGGGACACGCUACUUUAAAAAAAAAAAAAUUGUCAGGUUAGGCCUAUGAGGGUAUUUUGUGGUUCUGAAUGAAAUAGAAUUUUGAGGCAAAGUUCCAAAAAUGGAACCUAAUGGAAUAAUUCAACCGACUGCUUCAUAUUUACAGUAUAGCAUGUUCAUGCAUUGACGUAUAAUUGGCUCUCAUUACAGCAUUCUGAUUGGCAGGGGCUGAGCGCAGGAAGCGCUGAGAAUUAUGGGUAACAAAGCACUCACGUUAAAACUAUAAAAAUAGUUUUCUAAAGUAAAAAAUAUUUAAAUUUCUGCAGCAUUCUAUUAAAAUUAUUCUGAAAAAUGAAUGGUACAAUGAGGUUAUUUACAAAUCCAGUAAUUAUGAACAAGUGACAAGGUAAUAGCGCAUUUAAGCCAAAAUAGCUGAAUACUAAAAGAAAUGGUCAAAUUGGAAAAAAAAUUCCACCUCUGCUUUCUGGCCUAACUUUACAAUUUCCCGGUCAAUUUUCCACUAUUCCCAAUUUAAUAAAUAAUCUCACAUUUCACUGGGAGAUGUGGCGUUCUUGGUAUGUGACAUUCUGAGCACAAACAAGCAGUCUUUCCACAUAAGAUACAGCCCAAUUUUGGGGACUAUUUUGGUGUCUCUACCUGGCUGUCCCUGCCUGCUGCAUUGCCUGUAGAGUUUAUGGACACAUUGGCCAGAGUAACCUAAUUCACAAUAGUUUUUCAGUCUGUGCCUGGCUGAGGUGCUGCCAGAGACUGUAAAGUUAAUAGAUUUAACUUCAUUGUCAGGAAACGCGAGAGUCUGUGUACAAGUCCUGAGGCCUGGAGCAGACCAGCACUGAAAUGACUUUGUGUGAAUGACAGGGACCUUCUUUUAACUGGGCUGAUCACCUGGGGAGAAGCAUGACUGACUAGUUGUAUUCAGCACCUUUUUAAAGAUUAUUUUUUUUAAUUAUACCCUGAUUUACAGAAUUAUUUAUAGCCCUUCAAACAUACAGACUCUUGUAUCGUUAGAAAAAACGUAUAUGUUGCAAUAUUUGUAAAAAGAAAGAAAGAGAGCAAUAUAUGUACUGGAAUUAGGGUUACCGGAUAUUAAGGGUUAUAGCUGCUCACAUUUAAGGGGGUACUUAUGUUUAGGGUUAUGGGCUGCUUAAAGGGUUACUCCAACCACCAUGACCAAUUCUGCUUUUUGAAGUGGUUAUGGUGGCAGGCUAUUAGCACCCCCAGCAUAAUGAAUAUAGUAAACUGGGGCUCGGUUUUGGGCUGUCUGUCAAUUCUGUGAAAAAAUGACAUUUGCUGCACUGCACACUGGCGACAGACAUAAUAGCUUCUCCAUUUUAGACAGUGUCUGCACAAGGACAAGUGUAUGUCUUCUCCGUCCCUGCUUUAAUUAAAGUACACCCCCACAUCCCAUUACCGUAAAGCAGGGGUAGGCAACCUUUUAGCAGCACUGUGCCGAUAUAGGACUGUGAUGUCACGUAGCGUGCCGGUCCAAUUUUUAGGUGUGUAUGCUGCCGUAUUCUGCUUGUGUUAUUUUUACUGUAAUUGCUUUGUAUCGUUGUAUUUGUGCGUAUAUGAGCUAUUAUAUUGUAUAUGUUCAUUAGUAGUUUAUGGUAUCGUGUAUGAUACAUAUGAAUGUGGGCUGUGUAUGAGGGCUGCUUGUGGAAUUGUGUGUGGAUGGAUAUGUCACAUUGUGUGUUUGGUAGUGUGUGGGGCUGUUUGGGGUAUUGAAUGUGAGAGGCUGCAUGUGGGGUUGUGUGCAUGUAUGUGGAUUGUUAGUGGUGUUACGUUAGUGGGAAUUGUGUGUAUGUUUGUUUGUGGGCUGUUCGUAUUAUUUGUAUGAGGGGAGGGUUAUUCUGCAGCUCUGUGUAUAUCUAGCAGUGUGGGUGGCUUCCCUGGGUUCCAGUGGAGACCAGACUGGCCUGGUACAGGUCAAGGACAGGAGCUGCAACAGCCGCUGCAGGCUGCUCUACUACAGAUCCGAGAUCACUUCCUCUACGUGCUGCAAUGCAUAAAUUGAGGAUUGUCCUUCACCACCUCUUCGUAUUAGCAGAUAUCUGAAGUUUUACUGGGACUCCUGAUAGGCCAGAGCCUGUUUGGCUCUAGCAGCCUUGAGUGCCGUGCAAAGACACCUUGAGUGCCGUGCAUGGCACUAGUGCUGUAGGUUGCCUACCCCUGCCCUAAAGCAAGCAUGUCAAACUCAAAGUCUAGCGUGGCCCCAAGUUUAUGUGGGCCGCAAAAAAAAACAACCUUAAAUUUUCAAAAACGUAGGUUUAUUUUGAAAAGUACAGUAUAAAAAAUCCCAGCAUACCCUCCUCUAUUAAAUCCCACCCCCCCCAUAUGCUAAAUCACAGCACCCCCCUCUAGCCAACAAGCAGACUGCACUCACAUUGCCGCUGCCAGUAUGCGACUCCGGAGUCUGGGCUCUGGUAUACCCCAAAUGGCGCCGUCCACACCCUGUGCCAAGUCUGAUCCUUCCGCUACUUCUUGAAACCCUGUGAAGGUGGAGCAUGAUGAUGUCACGUCGGAACGUGACGUGGCGUUGCGUGCCUCCAUGCACCUCCAGGUACUCCACUGUCCAGUCGCAGCGAAUGCAACGCCGAACAACACAGACACACACUCACAGACAGACACACAGACAGACACACUCACUGACAGACACACACAGACACACACUCACACACUGACACACAGACAGACACACUCACUGACAGACAGACCCACUUACUGACAGACACAUAGACACUCACUGACAGACACACUCACUGACAGACACACACACACACUCACUGACAGACACACUGACACACACACAGACACAUACUGACAGACACACACACACACUGACAGACAGACCUUGCACACAUAUCAUUUUCUUUAUUGCUCCCUACCUUUGGGAGCCAAUGUGGGGCUUCUCCCUGGGGUCCAGUAGGGAUCAAUAUGGGGAGAGCAGGUGCCUACUCUGCUAUAACACCAAGGAUGUACUCACGGCUCGCCGAGCCACAGAGAUGUCCAUUGUGGGCCGCGAGUUUAACAUGAUUGCCUUAAAGUAUUUUUUUAAAUGUAAACUUUAAUUAUCCUCGCACUCCCUACACACAAAAGAUUUGGAGUAACCCUUUAUGGUUAGAGUCAAAGGAUACUUAGGUUUUGGGGUACCUCUGCAUAGCAUUACUGGAUACUAUGGACUGUUUCAAGUUUAGGGGUACCUAGGAUAGGGUUAUUUAAUACAUAGGUUAUGGACUAUAUUGCUUUUACCAUCGAAACUUAUUCUGUAAAUAGUCAGCUGUGCUGAUCUAAUGACUACUUUACAAAACUAGUCACUAAUUCACUUUUGUAGGGAAUUUAUCAUUUUUAUUCUAGACUAUUUAUUGAUUAUUUUAACAUUUGCGUACUCUCAGGACCCUGCGUCGCUGGUGUGGUUGGGUACAAGAUGCCUCGAUACUGUCUGUUUGGAGACACAGUGAACACAGCUUCUCGAAUGGAAUCUACAAGCUUACGUAAUAUUACUCACGGAUCCCGGAUUUCCCUUACUUAA